AUGGAGCAAGCGACUCCCUGCCAGCCGGCACCCGACAACCUGAAGGUGCUUCAGACCAAUGACUCGUACCACGACCGCAAUUGCAGUGCAGAGGAAGGGAUCUAUCAAGAGGCCACUCCGCUCUCCUGGAAGAUAGUCCUCACCAUUAUCUUGGCUCUGAUCACUCUCGCCACCAUGCUCUCUAAUGCGUUUGUAAUCGCAACCGUCUACCAGACAAGGAAAUUGCACACUCCGGCCAACUAUCUCAUCGCCUCCCUGGCCGUCACGGACCUUCUCGUGUCUAUCCUUGUCAUGCCCAUUAGCACCAUGUAUACUGUGACCGGGAAAUGGACUUUGGGCCAGAUCGUCUGCGAUAUAUGGCUAUCUUCGGAUAUUACUUGUUGCACAGCCUCCAUCCUCCAUUUGUGUGUCAUCGCCCUGGACAGAUACUGGGCGAUCACCGAUGCAGUUGAAUAUUCUACUAAAAGGACUCCCAAAAGGGCAGCUGGCAUGAUCGCUUUGGUCUGGGUCUUCUCUAUCUCCAUCUCCAUGCCGCCUUUGUUUUGGCGUCAAGCGAAAGCGGAGGAAGUUUCUGACUGUGUGGUGAACACAGACCACAUACUGUACACCGUUUACUCCACAGUGGGAGCCUUCUACUUCCCCACCUUGCUGCUGAUAGCCCUCUACGGAAGGAUCUAUGUGGAAGCCAGAUCUCGGAUUUUGAAACAGACGCCAACGAAAAAAGGCAAAAGAUUAACAAGGGCUCAUUUAAUUACCGACUCCCCCGGAUCAUCUUCAUCGGUCACCUCCAUAAACUCCAAGGCCCCAGAGGCUUCCAGUGAAACGGGAUCUCCUGUAUAUCUGAAUCAGGUCAAGGUGAAGAUCUCGGAUGCCCUUCUGGAGAAAAAGAAGCUCACGGCUGCUAGAGAGCGGAAAGCUACCAAGACUUUAGGGAUUAUUUUAGGAGCCUUCAUCGUCUGUUGGUUGCCCUUCUUCAUCAUCACCUUGGUGUUGCCUAUUUGCAAGGACGCUUGCUGGUUCCACAUGGCCAUCUUUGACUUUUUCACCUGGCUAGGAUAUCUCAACUCUUUAAUCAAUCCCAUAAUCUAUACAAUGUCCAAUGAAGACUUCAAACAAGCUUUUCAUAAAUUGAUGCGUUUUAAAUGCACAAGCUGA